AAAGAGUGGUAGAAAAACGCCCUAAAAGGUAUAAACCAGUCGUUGAUUAACAAAUUUCUAGUUGGGUGUUAUUCUUAGCGUAAAAGUUUAAACUUGGCGCUAUGUUAUCACCAACAGCAGCCGUUAAAGUCCCUAAAGAAACCGUCAAACUAACCAUAAAAAUCCAAACAUGUCUCAAAAAAUAGACUGGGCGAAAUUUGCCGAAGAACAGGAGAAAAGUGUCCAAAAAAAGUUGGGCGAGGUUAAUCUAAGCUCGAAUGGGAAAGACUCCUCCGACGAGGCCCCCGACGAAUUCAACCCAGCCGAUGCUAGUUUACUGCGAAAAGUAAUACGAAAUGGCCUCGUUGAGAGCAAAACCGACAUUGAAGUCCAGAGACAAAACCCAAACUCGCCACUUUAUUCAGUUAAAACAUUUGAAGCUUUGAACUUAAACCCGAAUUUAUUGAAAGGUGUUUAUGAUUUGGGGUUCAAUGCGCCCUCGAAAAUCCAAGAAACUGCACUCCCCACUCUCUUGGCUAACCCCCCACAGAAUUUGAUAGCCCAAUCUCAGUCAGGAACUGGCAAAACUGCCGCUUUCGUCUUAGCCAUGUUGAGUCGUGUCGACACGACGAAAAACUACCCCCAAGUUUUGUGUUUGUCACCAACGUACGAAUUAGCCAUCCAGACCGGCGAAGUGGCGGCACGAAUGGCCAAAUUCUGUCCCGAAAUUGAAAUGAAAUACGCCGUGAGAGGCGAAGAAGUUUCCCGAGGGGCGCAGUUAACAGAACACAUAAUUAUUGGUACCCCUGGAAAGGUGCUAGAUUGGGCGUUGAAAUUCCGUGUUUUUGAUCUGAAAAAACUAACAGUGUUUGUCUUGGACGAGGCUGAUGUUAUGAUUGCGACCCAAGGACACCAAGAUCAAUGUAUUAGGAUACACAAGAAUUUGAGCCCGAAUUGUCAAAUGAUGUUUUUCUCUGCGACAUACGAUCAACAAAUUAUGGAUUUUGCCGAAAUUAUUGUUCCUGAUCCGAUCACAAUUAGGCUCAGACGGGAAGAGGAGAGUCUGGAUAACAUCCAGCAAUAUUAUGUGAAAUGUUCAGGACCACAGGAGAAAUAUACCGCAGUGACGAACAUUUAUGGGACUGUGGGAGUGGGACAAGCGAUUAUUUUCUGCCACACAAAACGCACUGCGAGUUGGCUUGCGGAAAAAAUGUCAAAAGAUGGUCACGCCGUGGCUAUUUUAACUGGAGAUUUAACAGUAGAGCAACGAAUUAACGUCCUAGAUCGUUUCAGGGAUGGUAAAGAAAAGGUUCUAAUAACCACCAAUGUCUUGUCCAGAGGUAUUGAUGUCGAACAAGUGACAAUUGUCGUGAAUUUCGACUUACCAGUGGAUAGGGAAGGAAAAGCCGAUUGUGAAACUUACUUGCACCGGAUUGGCCGAACUGGACGCUUUGGAAAGCAAGGUAUUGCGAUAAAUUUGGUUGAUUCACAAGAAGCUAUGAAUAUUUGUCGCUAUAUCGAGAGACAUUUCAACCGAAAAAUUCAUUAUUUAAAUGCCGAUGAUUCCGAUGAAAUUGAAAAGAUUGGAGCUUGAAUAUUAAUUUAAGAUUACUUACCGUUAUUUUAAUAAUUUUUAGAUUAAGAAAAUAUACAUUAUGGCUACUA